AUGAGCCAUCCAAAUGAGAAAGAGGCCUCGGGCACAAUCGAAAGUAAACCUAAAUCGCCCAUGCUUUCAUCAUACUGCAUCGAAAGCAUUCUCGGCCGACGAAGUCCCCUCAAAGUCAGACUCACAGGAAUGCAAAGUUUACCAAUGCUACUGACUGGGAGUGCGGAGCAUAAUGCACCUUUGGAAGGUAAGACAAUAUCCUCUCAGAAAGAUGCGGACAUGCACCUGCCCCCCAAGUUGCAGCGUCUGUAUGGCCCAGGGGGAAAGCUCAUGGAUUCCAGACGGGGAAUUCACGAGAAUGAGGAGCAAGAAGAGAGGGAGCGUCCUCUAGACAAAGUCUACGAAAAUCUGAAAAUCACUCAGGCGCCACAAGUUAGCAUCAGCCGCAGUAAAUCAUACAGGGAAAACGCGUCCCACAGUCAGAGCGAGGAAGAUAGGAACCUCGGGCGACGGACAGAGGAGCACGCGGAACUUGGCGCCCUAAAGUUCGAGGAGGACACUGGCAAGGAGCUUAUCUGCGAAGACACAGAAAUGUCCCCAAAGAACGGAGAGAGUUUGCACAUCAAUGGAGAUGUAAAAGACGGAGAGGACAGCGUGUGCCUCUCAGCUGGCAGUGACUCAGAGGAGGGGAUGCUAAAGCGAAAACAGAGGAGAUACAGGACUACGUUUACCAGUUAUCAGCUUGAGGAGUUGGAGAGAGCUUUCCAGAAAACGCACUACCCCGAUGUGUUCACGAGGGAGGAGUUAGCGAUGCGGUUGGAUCUCACUGAGGCUCGUGUGCAAGUGUGGUUCCAAAACCGGCGAGCUAAGUGGCGGAAGCGGGAGAAAGCCGGGGUUCAGACUCACCCCCCAGGACACCCCUUCUCUGGACCCCUGGGUGCAGCACACCACUUGAGCCACUACCUGGAGGGAAGUCCUUUCUCACCCCACUCUCACCCCUCCCUGGAGUCUGCCUGGACUGCUGCAGCCACCUCGUUCCAGGGUCUGACCCAGCCCCUUGCCAGCUCUGCCUCCCCCCUGGGAUUUGGCCCCUUCCUGGGAGCAGCCAUGUUUAGACACCCCACCUUUAUUAGCCCCUCCUUUGGAAGACUCUUCUCUAGCAUGGGUCCUCUGACACUCUUACGCCAGCCCAUACCCGCUGUAGAGACUCCAGUCCAGCCCCCGAUGGCAUUGUCAGAGCCCUCCCCCUCCUCGCCUGUGGACCGCCGGGCCUCCAGCAUCGCAGCACUGCGGCUCAAAGCUAAAGAGCACUCAGCUCAGCUGACACAACUCAACAUCCUACCUUCCAGCAUGACUGGGAAGGAGGUGUGUUGA